CUUCGUUCGUCCAAGCGUUAAUUUUGUGCAGAGAUUUUCUCCAACUUUAGGGGUGCUUUUCGUGAUGUAAAUUGCUCCAUGAAGUGACCUUUUCGCUCUCAAUGGUCCGCUUAUUACACCAUGGAACUACCAAAAGGUCAUCCCAGCCAUGAAAGGCCAUCGAUAUCCCAAGACUACCGUUAUCCUCCCCCAUCCACGCAUCACUUCUCACCCGGGCCCUCUCCAUCCUUUCACCACGCCUACACGGCCAGUUUGAUUGCGGCAGGUCACCCUGAACAGCACCAGCUGUCCCAACCGCCCAUGCUCCAGCAGCGGGAUGUGGUGACCAGGCUUCCACCGAGGAUCGAUGACAGAAGUGGUUACCAGCAACCGGACUCUCUGGCAGUCAUUCCUGGAAAUGUAGACCCAAUGGAUCAGCAGCGUCCAGAUGCCUUCAAGAAGCAAACCCUCACGACCAACCCUUACUUCUACCACCCCAACUUUGCGGUGAUGCCCUCUGUGGCCGCAGAAAACAACCACCUGCUCCAAGCCCCGCCCAAAGAGUGUCCACCAAACCUGGUCAUAGGGUCCGCAGUCGCAAUGGACGCUGCACCACGGGAGAACAGCCACGUGGUCAGCACCAUGGACAUGGCAUCAUCAACAUCCUCACCAAGUACUUGUACUUCGCUGCAGCCUCUGAACAACCCUGAGGCUUCCGUUGAGAGGACAACCGCUGCGGAUCCAGUGGCGCCGAAGGAUGCUGUCAUUGCUGGAUCUGUUACCAAGGAGCUUACUGAAGAAGAAAAGUAUCAGAUGUUGCGUAAGAAGUUUGCCCCAAAGCCCAAUUCCUUAAUCCAGACCUUACUGAAGAAAGGAGGCCCUCCCCCAGAUGGACUCAGCUAUGAUCAGUUCACCGAUGAUGCCAACGAUGUCCGGGUCAUUGCCGUGAAGCCUAUCGAGCCAGGACAGGUCUAUGGACCUUUGAAAGGGAGUGUGAAGACUCUGGACUGUCUUCAUAAUGUACAGGCAUGGGAGCUCUGCCUGGAUGGAAUGGUUGCUGCAUACAUGGCCCCUGCCCCGAGGAAGGAAUGGAUGGGGUUCGUCCGCAACGCUCGCUACCCCGAGGAAUGUAACCUGGAUGCUGGUCAGGUCUACGGACGGAUCUACUUCACCGUGAUCAAGAGGAUUCAACCGGGUGCUGAACUGAGGGUCUUCUAUAGUGAUACCUACAGAGAGAACUGUGGAUUCAUGUACGACCUUUCUGCUCUCAAUUAUGAUAAAGACACAGAGAGCUUCUCCUGUACCAUGUGUAAUGUGAAGACUGUCAACUCCAAGAGCAUGGUGAGACACUACAAGGUCACCCACCCUGAUGACGGCCUACAGGAAGAGAAGUCGGUGCCUUUGAAGGUGGCCGAGAGGCUGAAGCUGCUCAAUGCUCAGUGCAAGCUACCCCCGCAAUACGACGAGGACGACGAUGAGGAAGAAGAGGAGGAAACCAAGGAGGACGAUGCCAGAGCAGCAGAAAAGAAUUCUGAAGAAGAAGCACCGAAGACGUCAGUUCAGGGGAUGGCGGCAUCGAUGACAAAUUUACAGAGAGAUCAGAGUAAUCAUAAUGCAAAGAGAAAAAUGCAGGAUAACGGUGAAUCCCAGAGGUUCAUAUGUCCCACCUGCGGUAAGAACUUCCCCACCCAUGGCCGCUUGGUGGUGCAUGAGUCUUUCCAUACUACCAAUGACGCUAAGGACAAUGAUACAGAGAAUGAAACAGAUGACGAUGACGACAGUGUGACUGAGUACAUUGACCAUGGAAAUGGUAUUCAGUGUCCAAUCUGCGGUUUUACUUUCAAGGAUGUUGAUAAGUUCAAGGUCCACAAAAAGAAGCACAAGACUCACCGGUACAUGUGCGACCAGUGUGGGAACCUGUACACCAGGAGGACGUAUAUGUACCGCCAUCAGCGGGAGAACCAUGGAGCAGUACACGUACGAGCUAGACGUACUGUCAAUGUUUUUAUGCAAGGCACGUACACAUCAGCCAAAGCGCCCCAAGGAAGGGCGGGGUUACUGAGCAGCGGUGAUGAGUCAACUAAGAACGUGCCCAACCGUUGCAAGAUCUGCCACUAUGUAACCAUUUCGAACCAUAUGCUUAGAGAGCACUUGAUGCAGCAUCAAAACAGGCCGUAUGGAUGUGAAAAAUGUGGCCGAGUGUACAUGAGUAGGGGCAAACUGUACGAUCAUUUACGACGAAAGCAUGGAGCCACAAAGAUCCAUUAUCUGACCCCUCAGAGGAGACAGAGGAUUAUGAAAUACCUUAAAGAAAUGACUGUCCAGGUUCUCCGUUGCGGGGAAUGUGGAUUUUCCUGCCGUGAUCGGAAAUCCCUGGAAGUGCACAAACAGUCUCACAAGCUUGUCCAGAAGGUGGUUAGAAAGGUCAGUACCCCGGCUGAUUUGACCAACGCAGAGACUUGUGAAAUAUGUGGUUUUAAGACAGCGGAUGAAGAGUUCUUCACAGAACACAUCAACAAGCAUGUCGCUUUCCCAUUUGGGUGCAAGAAGUGUGGAAACACUUAUACGACUAAAAAGUCGCUUAUCAGGCAUCAUCAUGAGAAACAUGAGGAGCAAAUACUUGAUAAUAGGGAAUUGGACCAGAGUCUAGAUUUGAAGGCAAGACUGAUCCAUUCCAAGCACAAGGAUGCCUGUCCAGAAUGUGCCUUCUACACUCCGCAUAAGUCAGUUCUCAAGAAGCACAUAGCCAGGCACAAGGAAUUCCCCUACGGGUGCAUCGAGUGCGGGAAUGUAUACACACGCAACAGCACCUUACGUCGACACCAAAGAUCCAAACAUAUCCAUCUCUUCACAGGGGGCUUUGAGGGACCGGAAAAGAAGGAGAUUGGCGGGCUGCUACGGAAGAUGACUUCUCCCGAGGAACUCCAAAUCCAGGGUGACUCCUGUCCGCACUGUGGGUUCCGGACACCCGACAAGAACUUCCUGACUGACCACGUCCUCCUGCACCUGACCCAUCCCUGCGGUUGUAGGAUCUGUGGCAAUGUCUACACCCAGAAGAAGUUUGUGAUGAGACACAUGCAAGAGAAGCACCCUGAGGCCUACAGAGAGGACGUUGACGUUGCGCCCGUGACAGGCGACCAGGACAGCGCCUCGGACAGUGGAGGGGAGAGGGAUGGAAGCCUGGAUGAUGAUCGUAGUUCUGAAUCGGGGAAGGACGAUGGGUGGGAGCUCGAGGAAAUGGUAAAUGAUGAUUAUGGUAGGGAUGAUGAUGAGAUGGAUGGGGAAGGUGGAAUAGAUGAGGAUGAGAGAGAAGAAAAGAUGGAGGAUGGAGAAGAGGAUGAAGAAAUGGAAGGGGAGGAUUAUUCUGAUGAAAGUGAUGCUAGUGAAUAUGAUGAUGAUGAGGAUGAGGCGAGUAUUGGAAAUCAAGGUGAUCCCUGAUUUCUUUUACAUAUAACAUGUACAUGUAUAUAUAUAAUGGUACUUGCUCCCAUGAUACGCUGUAUUUUUUUAAAUAAUGGAUCAUAUCUUUGUUUUAAUACUCACGAUGUACUCCAUCACAAAACUUUCAGUUUAUUCCUCGAUCUUUGAUUUCCAAUGUAUACAAUUCACUUCAAUUUCAAAUGUUUAUAUCCUGCUUUUAUUGACGAAUUUAGAUUUAGAUUUGGAGUGUAUGGUGUUAUCAUGAGAAAUGAUGUUCAAACUAUUACAAUACUAACAAAGUUUAAACCUUUUGUUUGCACCUUCAAGGGCAAUUUUGAAAUUUUUAGUUCUUUAUCUAGUUUGGAAAACGUUUUCGCCUUUUAUUGUAAUAGAAGGGAAUGAAUGAAAGCUUUCAUUCAACUUUUGCAGAUUGGAAAUUGAAGGUUUGUGUCGUAUUGACUACCGGUAGUCCGGUACCUGCACUUUAUGUUUACAAACAUAAAUAUGUAUGUAGUAUUUUUAGCAUCUUGUUACAGUGGCAGCAAGACUGUAUUGCUGAUAUUAUGGGCAGUAUUGUAUAUCAGCAGCUGACUGAAGAAAGAGUUUCAUUUAGAUACAAGUCUUAAAGCCCAAAUACACAAAGGUUGUUUUGAAAACGGUUGCUUGCUUCCAUGGUUUAUGCACAUUUCCUGUAUGAAUAACGUUUUUUUACUGCUUACAUUAAAAGCAAUGUCCAAUGUUGACGAGUUAAUCACACUCUUUUCUUCAUGAGUCUACUCUUCAAAACAUUAGCAUCCUGCCUUUAAAUUUUCCCUUUUCCCUUUUCUAAAUCUCUUGGAUUAGGCAAACCUGUAUGUAUUUCUGGCUUGUAUAUAAUAGGUAGGUUUUGCUUUUACUACGGGGAAAACUUUCUACAACGCAUCGAUUCCUUUGAAAAUGCAAUUAGAAUCACAACGGAGAGCUGAGAGGCUUUUGUCGAAGUUGGUGGACUGGUCAGAAUUAUGUUCCGAAGAUUUGCACCGGACGAACAGUUGCAAAUAUGUCGUCGUCCAGAGUCGAGAUAUUCCGAUGCCGUCCCGGUCCACCAACUGUCGACAAAAGCCUCUCGGCUCUCCAUUGUGAUAUGGCUUGCAGUUUCAAAGGGAUCGGUGCGUUGUAGAGAGAGUUUCCCUGUAGUAAAUGUGAAUAGUCCGGAAUGUCAUAUUGUUUUGCGGAUUUGGAUAUGGAGCAUCGUGAAUCCUGAUGAAAAAACAUAAAUGCAUGUAUAUAUAUGUAUAGUAUGUGUAGGUAUAUUUUACAACUCGCCCAUCUAAAUCAUGCCAUUUUUGUAAUUGACUUUGCAUCUCAUUGGUUUAAAUAUGGUGCUAGAUGUUUUUUGUUCGUGUGUGUCAUUUGAGGAGAAUGAAGCCCUUGGAUCAUUCAUGGCUUGUAUGAAAACAGAAAAAUCUAAGAAUAAGAUCAAUGAAAGUUUGAGGAAAACCGAAUGAAUAAUAGGAUGGUUAUGAGGAUUUGAAUAUUGAGAUCGCUGUUAAUGCUAUGUAAAUCCUAAUAUGGAUAAUGCGACCAAAAUCUGUGACGUCACGCACGUAAAACUUUCCCAUUACUUCAGUACAUAUUUCUCUCAGAUAUCAUCUCUUGUAUUUAUACCAGGUAUAUAUUCCAUCGCAAAGUCAGGUUUGUUUUUUUUAUAAGGGGACAUGUGAUACAGGUUUCACAACAUUACAUUGUGGAUGAAUUGAUUGUGAUAUCAUUAGAGCAGAAAAAAAGAUGUUUGGGCGUGUGUUUUCACGGACCAAAAGGGGAGAGUUAUACAUUUGUUACAUUAAAGAUCUUUUUUGCAUUGCCAAAAAGAGGAUCUCCAUCAUGGAUAGCAUUUAAUAGUAUUGACUUUCAAAUGUUCAUAACUUUUGUUUGUCCAAUUUUACUUAAACUUUUAAAAAUCUUAUUCUUUGAUUUUUUUUCUGUUUUUACACAAGGAAACCUUCAAUUGUGUAAUUCUCCUUAAAUCUUAUGUACAUUGUCAAAAAUGUA